AUGGAUGGCAUUGCACCAGUGCAAGAAGAAGAAUUUGAUGAGCCUCCAGUGUGCAAGGCAGGACAAGAUCUUGUGCUGCAGUCACCUGUCGACUGGGUGAUUUUGGAUGGUCGCGAAAGUUCAGACGACCAUGGAAUUGUGCAGUAUGAAUGGACGUUGCUGCAAGGUGAUUCAUCUGUUGAAAUGAAGGUACCACAGCCAGGAACGCUGAAGCUGUCUCAUCUUCAGGAGGGCACAUUCAUUUUCCAGCUCACCGUGACAGACACUGCUGGUCAGCGGAGCAUGGAUAACGUCUCUGUGACUGUUCUUCCCAUGACUCAUUCUGCAGUAGCCUGUGUCGGGGUUUGCACUCGCUACCAGUUUAUCUGUGAUGAUGGUUGCUGCAUUGACAUCACGUUUGCUUGCGAUGGAGUGAAACAGUGCCCCGAUGGCUCCGAUGAAACUUUCUGCCAGAACCUCAGCCCAGGACGGAAGACAGUGACUCAUUCAGCUCUCAGCACUACUCAGCAAAGGACUGUAGGACUGACAGAAAAAACAGACGAGAGCUUAUCUGCAGAAAACACCCUGAAACCCACUGUCAGAAAUCAACUGCUUCUUUCACUGGAUGCAGACACGUCUAACCAAUCGCUUUCUCAGGGACAAAAACAAAACAGUGGAUUUGUGCCAGAUAACAGUUCCUCAGGGAAAAAAACAGAUGAUAAAAAUGGAAAUGGCGUAAUCGUGCCAAAGAGAGAUCAGCUCGGAGAUGGUCGUCCAGUCCCAGAAACAGGUGCUGUACUACCUUUGGCCUUAGGUUUGGCCAUCACUGCUCUACUGCUGCUUAUGGUUGCUUGCAGACUACGUUUAGUGAGACAGAAGCUGAAAAAAGCUCGACCCAUUACAUCUGAAGAGUCUGAUUACCUCAUCAAUGGGAUGUAUCUCUAAAAAUCAGAUUUAGGUCUGUUGUUUUCUUCCCCUUCUUUUGUGUCCAUGAACCUCUGCCUCUAAAAAAGGACCAAAACCUUUAGUUAAGUUUCAAAUGUAGAAGAAGCUUCCAUGAUAAGGAAAAUGUUUUCCCCCUUUAGUGAUGAAUACAGAUGUGGGUGGGUGCCUGUAUUCAGAAGCUCAGAAGUGUUCAGGCUCCAGAGGGUAGUUCCAGUUGGCUGUAGAAGAUGCCACGAGGUGGAGAAUUCCCCAGGGGACUUAGGAUGCCCUCAUCCUCCCCAUGGCUACUGGGGUCCUAGGCCAGAAUGCUGGGGCAGGCAAGGCCAGCAGGUCCCCAUAGCAUUAGCAGGGACAGAGGGCGGCUUGUCACCACCCUGCUGCCACCAGCGUGCUCUGCACUGGGUACUGGAAUGCUGUAGACCAACAUGAGCGUACCAUCUAGUAGAGAUGGAUCCAUGCACUUUCCACCUCAGACACUUGGAAUGUUAUCAUAAAAA